UUCCCACAACAACACAUACCUGCUGCCUCAUACCUGCUCCACAUUUAUUCAUGUCAGAAAGCACCACCGGCCAACAUGUGGGCAAGGCAUGAGAGCAGAAAUUAAAGGAUUUGCCUGAAGUCAGUUCUUUGCAGUGACUAAGUUUCUUGCCCACUGGAUAUGUCUGUAUAGCUAAUCUACAGGAGUCAAGUGAUAUUUCAUAUGCGCUCAGCAUGGAUCCACUACAAGUGACGUGCUCGCAUGGAUAUUAUUCGUCGUAACGUAUAGCUUUGGACGAUUGCUUCACCGUAUACAUCUAGAUCAAGUUUCCCUGACCGGAUCGGAGAUUUGCGAGGGCAGCUAUGGGAGAGAUCGGGACGUUUUUACAGAGCCUGGAGGGUUUCGGACAGGUCGGAUCACAGUUCUUCCUACCACCUCUAGGAGAAAACCUCGGGCUGUUGAAUGAUCAUUUAGUUCCAGCAGAGAGACUGUCACGGAGCACCUCCGCAGAUCUAACGCACUUGAAAGGGAUCCUGCGGAGAAGACAGUUGUACUGCAGGACUGGGUUUCACCUUGAAAUACUCCCGAAUGGCAGCGUGCAGGGCACAAGAAAGGACCACAGUCGAUUUGGUAUUUUGGAAUUCAUAAGCCUUGCAGUUGGAUUAAUAAGCAUCCGUGGAGUGGACAGUGGACUCUAUCUUGGGAUGAACGAAAAAGGAGAACUUUACGGCUCUGAGAAACUCACAGCAGAAUGUGUCUUCCGUGAGCAGUUCGAGGAGAACUGGUACAACACGUAUUCUUCCAAUCUCUACAAGCAUGGAGAGAGAGGAGCACGAUACUUCGUGGCUCUCAACAAGGACGGCACGCCGCGUGAAGGGACAAAAUCUAGGAGACACCAAAAGUUCACUCACUUUCUUCCAAGACCUGUGGACCCUGAAAAAGUUCCAGAACUUUACAAAGAAGUGCUAGGACACAGCUGAGACCAUCCGUCCCAGUUAAGGGGUGGAGAUGCUAACAGGGUCCAAACCUGAGAUCUGCUCUGGAAAUGCACUGGCCAGUACUGACGGUGAAGACAACAGACUCCCUACGUGUGAAAGCCAAGUUGCUGACUAGUAGCAUAACAUGUCCAUGAAAACCAAAACUGAGGGUUUUGGAUGUUUUAAACAUGGUGCUGCUUUGCUCCGGAAAUAUUCGAUAUGGGUUAAGAAGGACUUGAAGGAACAAUGCGUACAUGAUGCUCAGAGAUGACAGAACUGGGACGGUGGAGAACAGGAGAUGCCAUCUCACACGAUGUUAUUUAUACAGUUCUUGAUACACAUAUUUAUUGUAUGUAUUUAUUUAUUUGAAAUAUAAAUAUAUAUUUUUACAUCUAAAAGUAGAUUUGUUUUUAUUAGACCAAGCUGUAGAAGGUGCUUUGAAAUAGUGGCAAAGCUGUUCUUUUUAUAUGACGGAAGCUGUACAAGUUACUCAUUACAACUGCUAUGAUAUUACGGAGGGAAAGAAAGAUUGUCAUUUCCUUUUGCAAAUGUAUGAAGAAUGCCAUGAGACUCUGUGAUUUUAAUAGAUUUGUUUCAAGCACGAUUUCCCAGAAUGGCAUGCCGCACAGUACAUUUUACAGGCCAUUAAAUCAAGUAUUAUCAUUAAAAAGCUUGUUUUGUUUGACAUAAUUUCUUAAUUUUGAAAUUAUUAUAAUCUGAAAAAUGACCCAGUUCUAACUGACAUGACAACUGUAGAUUCUGAAAUGCACCAAAACUAAAAAAUGAAAAUUAAAUGAAUAAAAAAGAAACAGAAAGGGAAAAAAAACUAGAAAUCAAAUGUGUCUUCUUUUUAAGGGGACAAUUCACCCCAAAAUGAAAAUUGUGUCUUCAUUUACUAAAUCUUCUUUCCUCUGUGGAACACAAAAGAAGAUAUUCUGAAAAAUGUAAUGGUGACCAAAACUGUUUGGUUACUGCCAUUCUUCCAAAUAUCUUCUUUAGAGUUCUGCAGAAGAAAGAAAGUCACGUUUGGAAUGACUUGUGGGUGAAUACAUUUUCAUUUUUGGCUGAACUAUCUCUUUAAGCUGCUGUUUAGCCGGGACCCAGGGCUGUCUUGCACUCAUCAGCAUCAACGUUCUUUUGCGAGACCUUCUCAGGUAACAGCUACACAAUGACUGAAUCAGAGUGAAAUAAAAACUGACCUUUUCUUUUGGGUCAAACCCAAAGUUAGAGUAAUCUCAGUUGAUGCUUAGUAAUGAAUACAUCAGGCAAAGUUAUAAAACGAAAAAGCGUCUGCUGUGCACUCUGUGAGAAUACCAAAAAAAUUAAAAAACACUUUUCAAAUAAUAUUUUAAUUCUUCCUACAUAUAAACUCCAAGGAUUUUGUGUUUUCUUUGAAGGAUAGUACCAGCAUUUUCGCUUGAAACCAGGCAAGAAGAUUUAGGGAAGAUGAUAUGAGAUUUAAACGCCACAGGCUAAACGUUCCCGAAUGUUGUUUAAUGGCUGAAUGAGACAUUUCCACAACAAUGACUAAAGAGGCACAUCUAUACACAGUUUCUAAACGGAUGAGAGGACAUUUUAUGUUGAAGCAUGAAGAUAUAGUCUGUGAUCUCAGUAUCUCUGUGAUGGUGAGCCAGGCUCUGUCUUAAGAUGGGAGUGUACCUGAAACUUUUGUGGGAUUUUCCCCAUCUUAAAACCAUAGAGUGAUUGUUAACAACAGAUAUAUGAGGGUGGAGAAUGAGUGUGAAUAUAUGAGCUUCACUCCAUUCAGAAGUGAAAUAUAAACAAUUGUAAAAAUUAAACCACAAUUGCUCUGACUUCUAUCAUCGGAUGUAGUUUGUAA